CAGGUCGACUGACAGAGAUCAGAUGGAUAUAUAUAUUCAUCAUACUAAUAAUAUAUUAAUAUGAUAGCAACAAAUUCGAAAAUUGAAAAGCAGAUCGGAAGCCAUUCUCACUAGCAUCUGAGACAGAAUUGUGUUGUAGAGGACUAGACUAGGAAAACUUAUUCCGUCGAUUUCUUACUUUAAAGAAAAGAAAAAAGGAGAAAAGCCAGAGAGUUUUUUUUUUUUUUGGAAGAUAAUCUUUGGGUCAGCACGGUAGUAAUAAGCAAGCCCUAGAAUUCGAGGAGGAGGCCGUUAAUUUGAUGGGCAGCAGCAGCGGCUAUUGGGUAUUUGGAGAGGUAGGGUUUUAAGUAGAGUUUAGGUAGAUACAAAGGAGAAACAAAAAGAUAUGGAUGGUGGGCGUAGAAUAGCGGCGAGCCCAAGGCCUUGCAGUGGACGGAGAAUAGUCGCAUCCAAGAAAAGAGGGAGAGCAGAUGGCUUCGUUAACAGCGUCAAGAAGCUUCAACGAAGAGAAAUCUGCUCCAAGCGACAUCGUGCUUUCUCCAUCACCGAUGCCCAGGAGCGCUUCCGCAACAUCCGCUUGCAGGAGGAAUAUGAUACUCAUGAUCCAAAAGGGCAUUGUUCGAUGGUAUUACCAUUUCUGAGGAAGAGGUCAAAGAUUAUAGAGAUUGUAGCUGCACGAGACAUUGUCUUUGCUCUUGCCCAGUCUGGUGUAUGUGCGGCAUUUAGCCGAGAGACUAAUCAAAGAAUAUGCUUUCUAAACAUCACUGCUGAUGAGGUUAUCAGAAGCUUGUUUUAUAAUAAAAACAAUGACUCACUUAUCACAGUCUCAGUUUACGCUUCAGACAAUUUCAGCUCUUUGAAAUGCAGAAGCACAAGGAUUGAAUACAUACGGAGAGGUCAACCUGAUGCUGGUUUUGCCCUUUUUGAAUCUGAGUCACUGAAGUGGCCUGGUUUUGUAGAAUUUGAUGAUGUAAAUGGGAAGGUACUCACAUAUUCUGCACAGGAUAGCAUAUACAAGGUGUUUGACCUAAAAAAUUAUACGAUGUUAUACUCAAUAUCGGAUAAAAAUGUUCAAGAGAUUAAGAUCAGUCCAGGGAUCAUGUUAUUGAUUUUCACUAAAGUUGGUGGCCAUGUUCCUCUUAAGAUUCUCUCAAUAGAGGAUGGUACUGUUCUGAAAUCUUUUAGCCAUCUUCUUCACCGGAAUAAGAAGGUGGAUUUCAUUGAACAGUUCAAUGAAAAGCUUCUUGUGAAGCAGGAAAAUGAAAACCUCCAAAUUCUUGAUGUCCGCAAUUCUGAGCUAACAGAAGUUAGCAAAAAUGAGUUUAUGACCCCGUCAGCAUUCAUAUUUCUGUAUGAGAACCAGUUAUUCCUUACAUUUAGAAAUCGCACAGUGGCUGUCUGGAACUUCCGUGGAGAACUUGUAACUUCAUUUGAGGAUCACCUUUUGUGGCAUCCUGAUUGCAACACUAAUAAUAUAUACAUCACAAGUGAUCAGGAUCUUAUUAUCUCUUACUGCAAGGCUGAUUCUGAUGAUCCAUUGUCUGAAGGAAAUGGAUCCAUUAAUAUCAGCAAUAUAUUGACUGGGAAAUGUCUUGCUAAAAUAAGAGCAAGCAACAGUUUCACUGUGGAAAAACAAUGCAGCUGCAGUGUCAAGUGUGGUUGCAGAUCAAAGAAGCAGAGCACUGCAUCCAGGAUUAGAAGCACGGUUGCAGAAGCACUGGAAGACAUCACUGCUCUUUUUUAUGAUGAAGAGCGCAAUGAGAUUUAUACAGGUAAUAGGCAUGGUCUAGUUCAUGUGUGGUCUAACUGAUGGUUUGAUUUUCAUUAGAAUUUAUGUAAUUUUAGUUGCUGGAGGUUGAGUUGGUGUGAAUGGGCAUUAUGAGACUCAUGACAUGAAACUGUACCAUUAUUAAGUGUUAAUUGUAUCAAUUCAUUUAGUUUAUGUUUUAAAUGUAGUCAUUUUCUUGCUUUGAUUUUUGGUGCUGUGUGGGAGUGUGUAAAUUGUUGGUUUAUGUAUGAAUUAUGAUUUUAUGAUGUUGAUGGAGAUGCAUUUUAUUUGGGGUAAUAUGCUAAAUCACUAAAGGGAGGGAUGGAGUGAAGCAUUUGCUGGCCUCUAUGCCCCGUCUUCGACUAUGAAUGGAUGAAUGUAAUGAAGGCAUGUCUUUUGAAUCCCUUAAACUUGAAUGAUGAGCAAAGCAAAGCAAGCGUGGAAUAGAAGAAGAGCAGCAGAAAGGGAGAAGGGGGUCUGUAACAUUUUGGUAUGCAUUGCUAUUGCUUGUUUGUUUGUUUGUGUUAGAUGAGAUGAGGAGGACAUAGAUAUUGCUUAGUAUUAGUAGGAGGAGGAAAGAUGAAGAAUCAGAUAUUCCGUGGCGUGUGGGGGUUGAGAGUUAUAAUGUGUU